AUGUUUGCACAACCCUAUGUGGCAAAAGUUACAGUUCCCACGAUUAACAUUCGCAAUAAGGGUUCGAGCGUUAUGGAUGUCAUGGUAGAUGCAAACCGUAAGAUGCAAGUGGAGAAGCUUUUACGUGACAGAGAUAUUCAUUUUGACGUUACAGGCACCGAAGUAAAUGGAUCGCGCAAUAAAAGCCCCAUCAACGUCCUUGGCCCAAGACCAAGAUCUCCUAAACGCGUCUUGGACUGGAAAGAAUUUUAUCCUCUCCAUGUAAUAUAUAAUUUCAUGGAUAACCUUGAAGUGCAGUAUCCGUCUACGUGUACAGUAUCCUCUAUCGGCCAGUCAGUAGAAGGCAGGGAUUUAAAGAUGUUAAAAAUUUCUAAUAGUAAUGCUGGCAACACUGGUGUAUGGAUAGACGGAGGUAUACAUGCCCGUGAGUGGAUUGCACCUUCCGUUGUCACAUAUAUAGCAAAUGAACUGGCUAGAAAUUUUGAUAAUCUUCCCAAUAGUAUUACUAACAAAGAUUGGUAUUUUCUUCCGGUUGUAAAUCCAGAUGGAUACCAUUAUAGUCACACAACUGAUCGUAUGUGGAGAAAAAAUAGAGCAAAAGUGGAAAACACUUAUUACGGUGUAGAUCUUAAUAGAAAUUUUGGAUAUUAUUGGGACCGUAGCAACGAGAUUUCUCAUGAGGAUCCGUCUCAUAAUAAUUUUCGCGGACCUGAGCCUUUUUCUGAACCUGAAGCUUCCGCUAUAAAGGAUUUCAUUCUCUACUCCGCUACGCCUUUCAAAAUUUUCCUAACAUUUCACGCGUACAGUGAAGUUAUAACUUUCCCUUGGUGCUUCUCUGCGGAUCCCUGCGCCGAUUAUGUAAACUUACUGGAAGGUGGAACUGCUAUGGCGAAAGCUAUUUACGAUAUAAAUGGACGCAUGUACAAAGUUGGCAAUUUCAAGGACCUCAUGUACGUAGCUGCUGGUACAAGCAUCGACUGGAGCUACGGGACAGCUCGUAUACCAUUUUCAUAUCUUAUAGAACUAAGAAGUAGACAGCAUAAGUUUGUAUUGCCUAGAGAUGAAAUACAAGACUGUUGCAGAGAAAUUUACAACGGUGUUAAGGCAUUAGCAGAUUUUGUGGAUAGAAAGAAAUGUUUGAACUGUACUAUGUUUUAUAAUAAAAAUAUA